UUGCAGUUACCAUAAAGGUCAAAACGAUUUGAAUACAUUAAAUGCGCCAAUUUGAAACUACUUUGAAGACAACGAUAAAAGAAGCCUCGACUGCGCAAGCGCCACGCUGUGUAGAGACUUAUGAGCGCCCAAAAUGGAAACAUGGAAUGCCAGCAAACAAUUACGAAAAACUGAAAAGCAAUUACAACAGAAGCGGUAAAAACCAAGUCAGCGUAGAGAGUAUCAAAAACAACAACGGACGACUGGGCUGGGAAAAGGAACGGGAAACGAAAUUAAAAUUUGGAAAAGUUCAACUAAGCCUUUGGAAACCGAAUAUAGAAGAGCCGUAAACGUGCACUAAUUCUCUCCACCCCCAAAAUUAAAUGCCAAAAUGCCAAAGCGAUUUACAACCACACUAUUUGAGUUACUCAUUUUUGGACUGUUUGCACAAGUUUUUGCAGGCGUCUUGUCACCCGCACAAAUAUUGCGGCAACCAACGCAACCAUCAUUCGAUGACGCGGUGGAGAAUUCAAAGGCCGUCACUGCCAGUGACCGUGACAUUGCCGCCGUGGUGGCAGCGACAGCAACCGAUCGGGGCGUCAGCUAUAGCGACGAUCAAAUCAAAUUGAAACUAAAGUCAGUAGAAGGUAUCGCCGCCAAUGCAAACACAGCUGACGCGGGCGGUGAAAGUGAAAGCAAGCGAGUGGAAAAAAGCACAAAGUUAUUACCUGCAUUGGGUAAUAAUCACACAAGCGCAGGUGAGCACAAGUCAAGCGAAAAGUUAAUACUGAAUCGGGUGGAAAGUCAUGAGACGGACAGUGCGAAUGGGCAAGAAGAAGCCAAAACGGUUGAGGGUAAAAGAGAGGAAGAGGAGGAGAGGGAGAGGGAAAGUCAGGAUGAACGCGAUUCAGAGGAGGCGGCGAAUAAGCAUUUGGGCGCAAACAAUGCUGUUGCAGAACAGCAAAUAGUGAGCAACAAGCAUACAGGUGGCGUCUUUAGUCAAGCGGAUGAGACGGCAGAAAAGUCGCGGACCCGCGAAACCUUAAAAACGCAUGUCAACAACGGUUUGGAUGAAUUGGCGCUACGACUUAAUAAUGAAAAGACAAAAAGCAAUGAAUUUACGGAGGUCAAAGAUGAGCCUCCAGCAACAACCGAGGGUAUCUUAAAAGAUGUAGAAGAUGUAGCAGUGAAGGUUAGCAAAGCAACAACUGAUCGUCCGAUCACAAGUGAAGAUCGUACUGAGGAUGCUGGAAAAAGCGUGGCGAGUGUAGCGGAAAGCAGACACAAAGCAGAGAGCUUAGAUGAAGCCAGCGAAACAAUGGGCCGUUCAAUGGAUGCAGUACAGAGUAGCGAAAAUAAGUUGGAAGCAGCUUUUGGGGAGAAGGCGCUCAGCGAAGAAAUGCGAGGAAAGGAAAUUAUGGUUACAUCCAUGCCAAAACCAAUAUUAGCAACUAAAAGUGGUACUGAAGAAACUGUAAGCUCACUUGGAAAAGGGGAAAAUACCGGCAUGGAUUUGGAAGCAACAACCAAACCGGACCAGCCAACUCAAAAUAAACACCAAAUAAAUCAAACCGAAACAGAUGUCCCCGCGCAGCAGCAGCUGCUGCAGCAAAAGGCGCAAGCAGCCGAAAUAGACCUGCAGCAGCAGCCACGUUCAAGCGCAGCUGUCACGAUCGAGGCUGAAACUGAUACGAUGACAACAACAGCAGCCGAAGAGAUGAUGCACACACAAGAAGAAGUUGCCAAUCAGUCGCAUAUUAGCAGCAGCACUUCCUCAGCCGAGAAGCGAGGCAAAUUCAUCAGCGGCAAUUCGACAAAUUCGCGAAAUAUGAAUUUGCCUGACGCGCCGGAGGUUUGGUCCCUCGCAGGUAUGAGAAUGGUGCCCAAAGUAAUGCAUAACAACGGCACGUCCACGCAGGUCACCGAUGAGAGCAGAAGCAGUGCGAAUUCUCGUUGGCAACUAAAUGAAAUCGUAACCACUGAGCGCACGCCGAAUGUGAGCAGUUACAGUGAGAAAAAUUUGUUAGACUGGACGAAAGUAAUGGGAAUGCGUGGCGAGUUGGAAACACACGACGCUGUGGAAAGAAAUCACAUAACAGAGGGAACGUUGGAAGAGGAUGGAAUAGAGACAGGGAAGGAGCCAAAGACAGACGUGCCUUUGCAGGCGCUGCUAGAGAAUUGGCGAACUGAGGGACCUUCUCAGAUCGAGCACAGUACCAAAAACAAUGAGUCCACAUUCCUACAGACUACCGAAGGCAACGCCAAGUUGAAUGUAAGCGAAAAGUCCACCGUCACAUAUGUGAUGAAUGAAAUUGACACACUUCAAACCAUAGCAGCAACAACAACAACAAUAGCACCUACUGGUUUAACCAACACACAAACGCCAUUAGCAAAUGACUCCCCCUUAUCAAUUGAUAAGAAUAAUAAGCAUGCGGAUUUUAUAGCCACCAUUGUGGCAGCUGACGUUGGAGAGUCGCUGAAUAAUUCAUUGUUGUCGUCGACUGCGUCCACUGAAUCACCCACGCAGCGUCAGAGCGCUGACCCAACAGCUGUAGGAAAUUUGAGCGCAGUUGUGGAGAGCAACACACAACAGCAGGCAAGCGAUGAUUUCAAUUUCAUUGUUACGUCAACGACGCCAGUGGCAGUGGUGUGGAAGGAAGCCGACACAGCGGCAGCUAACGUAAAAACAUCGGCAAUAACAACAACGGCUGCGUCGCUCCCAGUUGAGCAGUCAACCUCGACGACAUCACCCUCCCACAGCGACGCGUCGGCAACACCAAAGCUUUGGGCAAAUGCAACGGCACUGGAGACGCAACCUGAGACGACACUAGCUACGCUGCUGAGUAAAGUUAACGCGGGCGUCAACGCUACAGAACGGAAAGUCGUUGUCAGCAGCAAUGACAGCAGCAUACACGACGUUACACUUGAACAGCAGGCGAGCCCAGAACACGAAACGCUAAGCAACGAGACCGAAACAGGGACUGCGACUGAGGAGCAAACGCCAUUGCUUACAGUUAGUGAGCUACCGUCUAGCGAAACGCACGGCUCGACAAGUGCAGGCGAGCAAAAAUCGAACGCGAACGUGAAUGCAAACGCGAAUGCGACCGUGGAAACGGGUGCGGGCAUUUGGACGCAAAACCGAACGCCAAAUGUUGCCACGGAAACUACCACAGAAAGUAGUAACAUUGCAACAACGAGCACAAUUAAUUUUUUAAACAACACCACUACGACAUUGUCAACCGAUUUGGUGGAAACAAAUGCCAGUGCAAAACCAAGUGAAGUGCCCACACUGACAGUAACCGAAAGAGCAACAACAGCGCCAACAACAACGGAAGUUGGCCAAAUUGGUAAUGAAGUGGAAUUAGAAGCACGCACUGUGCGCAUUUCUGUCGCAGCGGAGGGACAAACUGACGCACCGACAGCGACUUUGAAUACCGAUACAGGUUCAAGUACAAUCGAAGUGGUGGAAGAGACGGCGACGGCGAUUGAUGAGGCUAGCGCAACCGCAACAACUGUGUCGUCCAUAAAUGAGUUAUUAAUGCCAGUGAACGUAACAACGACCAUUCCAACAACAAAUACAACAUCAGUGCCAAUUACGACAACACCAACGCGCGCAGCAGUGGAACCAGUUCUAUAUGAGGCAACAACCCUUAAAAGCGACGAAAGCGUAAACGACGAAACAACAACGACCACAUCAAUCCCAUUGGAAACAAUAACAGUGCAGGCAACUGGGUCAGUGCACGCUAAUAGCGCUGCCACCACUACGGCAACGCCUGUCGAUUUUCGAAAUCACACAGCUGAGGCGGCGGUGGAAGGUGCACAUGACACAGAAAGCUCAAUCGAAACGAAUGUCAUCGAUCAGCUGGACAAGACGACAGCGAAAAUAAGUGAGACAAGCGCUACGAAGCCAACAAAUAGCACUGAAAGUAGCGUAGCGCCAGCAAUAUCGACAACUGAAGUGGCGUUCGCUAAGGAGAACGCUGGACUAAAAGGUGAGGCUGAUGCUUCGCAGACUGUGACUAUUUCCGGUACGAGUAAUGAAACAUUGUUACCCGGCAUGCAGGACGCAGACAGGACAACAACAUCCACUACAACUACUACCGACACCUCUGCCACUACAACCACCACAAUGGCUAAUAUACUCUUGAGCACGAAUAGCACACCUGUAUGGCUGGCUCCUGAGUAUAGUAAUUUUUCGACCAGCGACACAACAACCACCGAGCCGCCGCUCAUCAACCUGCUUGACGAUUCGUCGACACCAAGAACAACGACGCCAAUAGCUAUACCCAAUCAGUCGACAGCAACUAUCUCCAGUAUUGGCGUCAAACCACAAGAAGUCUACACGGUAUUCUCCACCACCGAGGGCACCACCACCACCGUCAGCACCAGCACUGCCGCCAUUGCUCCUUUAGUGCCAAUGUUAAGCUCGACCACCGCGGCUGAUGCGCCUUUGGAAACGUCUACAUCCACAUACAUGCCCGCAGUUGUCACCAGUACCAUUGCCACGGCAAUAACAACAACAAUUCUUCCUCCCACGCUGCAUGCCGCUAUCGGCGAAGGUGCUAGCAUCGGCGGCGGAGGCGGUGCGCCCACUCACCUGCCUGACAUGAUCAAUGCCGGCAUGCGUCCGAAUCCCAGCGAUGCCAACGAGACGGACGUGAAUGUCAUCAUCGCCAUUACGGUUAGCAUUAUUGGUGUGGUGGCGCUCAUAUUGCUCGUCGCUUUCCUCUAUCUAAUGCGCAAGCGUCAGAAACAGAUGUCCUAUGGUCAACGUUGCCGGCCGGUGAGUUUGGAUGCCUACAGUUUGGAUAAUGUCUCUGUGUUGGGUAGUGUGCGGCGGAAAGGUGCUUCACGCGCUUCAAAACGCUCUUACGGUAAUAUUGCCUUCGAUGAUCCAUCGUUGCGGCACAAUGCGCUUACCGCCGCUGAGCUGGCCAAAUUUGUAGAGCGUCGGUCGAGUAUUUUCGAGGAAUUUAGGGAUGUGCCGCAAAUUAUUGCGCGUGCAGAUGAAGUACCGCCAGGCUGUGAAGAUAAGAAUCGAUAUGCCAAUGUAAUACCGCUUCCUGAGACGCGUGUCGUACUACAGCAGCUUGGAGACGACGAUAAAACGGAAUAUAUCAAUGCCAAUUAUGUCAGGGGUCCCAAGGACGCCCCGAAUUACUAUAUCGCAACUCAGGCCCCACUCGAGACAACAGUGGUCGAUUUCUGGCGCAUGAUUUGGGAACAACAAUCACGCGUAAUCAUACAAGCAACCGAUCUCUAUGAGAAUGGCAUUGAGAAGUGUGCCGAGUACCUGCCACCCUCGGUGACAUUGGACAAUCACACAACCUAUGGUGACUUCCAAAUAACAUUGAAGCAUCGUGAAGUCAAGGAUAAAUAUGCCAUAUCGACGUUGAUGCUCAAGAACACAGCCGAAAAUAUGAGUCGCGAACUCACACACUACUGGUAUAAAUGGCCCGAAACGGGUGUGCCCAGCGAAGAGGCGCCCAUUAUUGCAAUGCUAUUAGAGGCGCGCUCAUCUCUCAAAGGUUAUGUCAACGAAGUGCGCGAAAAGAGUUCGAAUGCGGAGCGCGAGUCAAAUGCUGACGGUGAAGUAACCUCGAAUGGCAAUGGUGUCACCGUUAUAUCGAUGGAGGAUGUGGGGCAACAAAAAACAACCGAAACAGGACGUGCGAAUGGAGCAGCUACAGAGAAUGGAGGAGGAGGAGGAGGAGGAGGUGCGGAAAUAAAUGGCAAUGUUUCAAUAGCGGAUAAAGUGAAGGGUACGACGUUAAGGAAUCAAGGUCCCUUAACGAUUCACUGCUCUCCAGGUACUGGACGCACCGGCACCAUCAUCGCCUGUGACAUGGCCAUACGAAAUUUGGAGACACCAAAGCGUUCUGUUGACAUUCCACAAAUUGUUUACUAUGUGCGGAGGGGUCGGGCGAGCGCUGUUCAAACUAAGGAACAAUACGAAUUUAUUUACAAAGUGGCGCAUAUGUACGCGACGAAGAUCACAAAUCUAUCAAAUGAUAACUGAGGUGGCAUUGAUCGAUGCUUAACGGAUUGCAUAUAAAAAUAUACAAUUAAUUGCCUUCAGUAGUACCACUAAAUACAUUCAUACGUGUACAUUAUAUUUAAUAUUUAAGUGUGAAUGUAGGCUUAUGUCAUUGUAUGGACCAUAUUACUUGAUAAUACUUUUUGUUGUGUGCUCCGAAAAGCCUAGCAAGUUUUAAGAUCCUUAUAACGCAUGACUUAUGUAUGUACAUGUGCUAGCUAUAUGUGUACAUACAGUAUUGGCCAUAUCUAUAGCACCCCCAUUUCAAAGUGAUA